CUCGCCUUGCUUGAACCAAGGCUUACAGGGGACUAUGCAGUUCUACAUCAAACUGUAUAAAAACUCUCAUUAUGCAUUUGCCUGUGUUGUUGCAGGCCUAAAUCUUUAUUAUUGGUAGAGAAUAUGCACAUAGCUGCACGUGCACGCGUGAGGAAACGAGGAUACCCAGCUGCCGCUGCUGCAAGAAAGAGAGAGGGGACUCUGCCGUGCUUUCAUCAAUAUAAUCACCAUCCUAAGUACUAGCUCUUAACAUUUUGUUUUUCGGUAUUCAGGCGAGAAGUGACAAGAAUAUAGACCCCUCCUCUGCAGGGCGGAGCGUGCAUUUUCAUUUCGUAUUUUGUAUUUUUUUCUAUUUUUUUUCUACCCCUGUUCCUUGCUCUGACACGUCUGCACUGAGUGAGUGGCAUUGGCACACUGUCAAUCGCUCACUACCGCUGCCAUCAAACAACAUAAAACACACACAGGCAGAGGCUGGAGCUCAUAAAUUUCAGCAGGGGCAAGAUAUUUUUUGCGCAUCGCCUUUAUAUACAGCGCUGUGUCCUAAUUAAUUUCUUCUCGUGGUUGAUUUUUUUUUUUUUUAAUUUUUUCAAACAGAAAUCUCACAACUUUUUUUGUACAUUUAAUAUUUUUUAUAGUCACAUUUGGACAUCUCACGCUGCAGAUAGUGUAUUUAUUUUUUCUUUCUUUUAAAAAAUAUAGUCGCGGGAACCAUUUCUGCACAUUUAUAGUUGGCAACACCUGCAAGAUUUUUUUAUUUGUUUACACGCACAUUGGAUAUUUUUGUUGCCGGUGCUUCACUCGGACGAUUUGGACAUUUUGGAGACGGAAUGCGCCGGGAAUCCCAUGAAGAGCGCUAAUAAAUGAGAGAUCACCAAGGCGCGUUUCUGUCUACACCACCCGUCAAAUCCCAGAGAAAAGACAGAUUGGCAUGAGGAUCCGUGCGGGAUACGAUGGACCUUCAAUUUUGACAAAGAAGUGUUAAGAAGAAGCAGCAAGAUUUAUGCAUUUUUCUACAAACACAGUCACGCGUUUUGGCACUGUGGACCGCGCGUAAAAAAGCGACAGGACAGCGAGAACUUGGACAUAAGAUUUACGCAAAAACAUUUCACAUCACUGCUUAGGCUUUUUUUUUUUUUAAACGUGUGUGCUCUGUGUCGCUGAAGAAUCACAGCCGUGCAUCCCUCUUGUCUGCGGCACAUGCUAUAACCGAUUUCGUAUAUGAGUUUUUCAAUUUGUGUGGCUCAGUGCACAGACUCUUUAGCGGCGACUAUGGACGAUCAAGCCCGGAUCAUGCAGUCGAUCGGCGGUGUCAGUCUUGCUGGCCACUCGGUACAGGGAGGCAUGGCACUGCCGCCUCCACAUGGACACGAUGGGACAGACGGAGACGGAAGAAAACAAGACAUUGGUGACAUUCUCCAUCAAAUAAUGACCAUAACUGAUCAAAGUCUGGACGAGGCGCAAGCAAAAAACAGGAAACAUGGACUGAACUGUCACAGAAUGAAACCAGCACUCUUCAGCGUUCUCUGUGAAAUCAAAGAAAAGACAGGUCUCAGCAUCCGUGGUGCCCAGGAGGAGGACCCCCCAGACCCCCAGCUCAUGCGUUUAGACAACAUGCUGCUGGCAGAAGGCGUGGCGGGACCAGAGAAAGGCGGCGGAUCCGCUGCAGCCGCGGCUGCAGCUGCGGCCUCUGGCGGAGCGGCCGACAACUCCAUCGAACAUUCUGACUACAGAGCCAAACUCACCCAGAUCAGACAGAUCUACCAUACGGAGCUGGAGAAAUACGAACAGGCAUGCAACGAAUUCACCACCCAUGUGAUGAACCUGCUGAGGGAACAGUCUCGCACGCGGCCCAUCUCUCCCAAAGAGAUUGAGCGCAUGGUGGGAAUCAUCCACCGUAAAUUCAGCUCCAUCCAGAUGCAACUGAAACAGAGCACCUGUGAGGCUGUCAUGAUCCUGCGCUCCAGAUUCCUUGAUGCCAGGCGGAAAAGGAGAAACUUCAGCAAGCAGGCGACUGAAAUCUUGAACGAAUAUUUCUACUCGCACCUCAGCAACCCGUAUCCAAGCGAGGAGGCAAAAGAGGAGCUGGCUAAGAAGUGCAGCAUCACAGUUUCCCAGGGGGUGGGAAGCACCAUCACAGUGUCACAGGUAUCCAACUGGUUUGGCAACAAAAGGAUCCGGUACAAGAAAAAUAUCGGCAAGUUUCAGGAAGAAGCCAACCUGUAUGCCGCCAAGACCGCUGUAAAUGCAGCACACGCUGCAGCCGCUGCAGUGCAGAACAGCCAGGCCAACUCUCCUACCACACCUAACUCCGGAUUCCAGAUGAAAGAUGAGGAGUUUCAGCUGGAUUCUGCAGAGAGCAAAAACACUCUUUUAACCAACAUGUUUACUGGUUCUUCAGGUUCUUUUAACCUCCCAAACUCUGGGGACAUGUUCUUGAGCAUGCAGAGUCUGAAUGGGGAUUCUUACCAAGGGGCACAAGUCGGAGCCAAUGUACAGUCACAGGUGGAUACCCUGCGCCAUGUUAUCAAUCAGACGGCAGGAUACAAUGAUGCUCUUGGGGGGAACACAAUGUAUAGUCCACACGGCUUAAAUGCUAAUGGGGGAUGGCAAGAUGCAGCGACUCCGUCUUCUGUGAUAUCUCCGACAGAAGGACCCGGAAGUGUGCACUCUGAUACCUCGAAUUGAUCCGUUGUUAAUGCAUCUUCUCCUCAAAGCUUGGCAUAGGACUAUUUUCACUGGCCGACCAACUACAGAGGAUACACAUAAAAAAACCCACAACAGAUUGUUUUUCCCCCCUGUACUUUAACAUGUUCCCCCACGCACCAAGCCAAACACAUCCUCAUACAUUAGCACCCAGUGUUCUCCUGGUCGUUCAGUGUUUUUCUUUCUGUUUCCAUAAAUCCGAUGUGAUCACCAUGCUCUUAUUUGUUUGUCGUAGGGGUAAGCACACACAAACAGAAAACAGCCUUCCGAUGAUACUUGGUAAACUUUCAGGAUAAUUAGCUCCUCCAAACUUAAAAUACUGGAUGACACUUGCGCAUUUAAUGUGACAUUUUAAGCGCCCAUUUGUUUGAUUCUUGAUUUACUUACCACUUGCCAUUUUGAUAAUUGGGUUCUCUUUCAGUUCUUACAAUACAUAGAUUAAAGCAGCUGUUUCUUUGACUGUAAUGUGCUUGCAAUCUUGUCCAGCAACUUAACAAUGCUACUGUUGACAGCUCAAUGGCAGCUUUGUAGUUACUUUCAAGAUUUAUUUUGCCUUACAGCCGUAUACAUUAGUACAAGGAAAUGGCUUCAAACUCUGGAACAUAAAGAAGUGUAAUUGAUUGCUUGACUAUAACAUGACACCAUUCCAUAUUUUAUAAUUUGAUGUUUAGUAUGUACAUAUGUAAACAUUUUUUUUGUACUGCUUAUCAACAAAUAAUACACAGUAUAUCAUUCCUUCAUGGCGCACAGGAGCAGGCCCCGUUACACAGGAAAAGUUGUACAUAAUAUAGCUUAAGAGUAAUUAUACAUCCCACCAAUCAAAACACAGCUUUAUUACCUCAUUAAAAUUCAUUAAAAAAACAAUAAUUUCCAGUUUCUGUAGCUUAGAGUGCUCACUUACUACCUCUAAACAAAAUCAUCACCAUAGUUUCUUUUGCUCUUAUUUAAUGUUUUCCUCUAGUUACUUUAAAGACAUCUUGUAACACUGUAAACUCUUCAUCCUCUAUGUAAUCUAAUGUAUAUUUUAAUCUUUUAAUAAAAUGCUGUUGCUGUACCGCAACUUAAAAUGACAAAAAAUAAAAAAAUGAAAAUGAUAACAAUAUUAAUACCAUGAAAAAGAGAUGGGGAGGGGGUGUGGGGCGGUGGGAUGUUGAAGAAGAAGUUGUUGGUCUGUGACUUUUACGACGGGUUGGGGGUGGGGGGGAUGCGAUGAACAUUGUUGAUAAAUUAACAUCAAACAGUGAAACUGUUGUAAAUACUGAAGAAGAAGAAGAAGAAGAAAGAAAAAAAACAUUUUGAAUGUUGCUCAUCUUGUUACUAAAUUAUGCAGAAAAAAAGAGAAAAAAAAUCACUAUAAAAACUGUAAUGCAUAGAGGUUUCAGUAUUCAGAACUGUACAUUUCCCAGCUCUGUCCAACAGGGUUCAAAACGUCUUUUUUUCUCUUUUUUCUAUUGUAUGUGAUUCUGAAACAGAAAAAAGUCAUGACAAAUGAUUUGUGGCAGUGAUUCUAAUGUAUUAAAGAUGUUUAGUGUUACUUUCUAACCAGACUACACCCUGGACUGAAAAGUCUUCCUUGUGGUAGUUGUGUGAUUUCAAACAUGAAUAAACCUUUUGCUUUUAUGACACA